AUGCACAUGGCAUUUAAUCCAUUCCUGGCCAGGCCAGAUCUGGCUUUGCUACCACCCUAUCUACAGCCGCCCCCGUUUCCCUCGUUACCCGGUCCAACCGGCUUCUUUCCACGUUUGCCCACCGAAAUGGCUGACCUUGUCCCAUCAGUACCGCCGCCACCUGGUGCACAUAUUCCGGAAGAGGAUGGUGUGGUCGACGAUCCGAAAGUGGAGCUGGAUGACAAAAAUCUGUGGGAUCAGUUCUGCACCUGUGGCACCGAAAUGGUGAUCACCAAAAGCGGGAGGUAUUUUCUUUUCUAA